UUGCCAAGCCAGCCCCGCUGAGCUCAAGCUUUGGCCCAUGGAUUUAAAGUAGUAGUAGCUCUACCGUGUCUCCCGUUGCUCAAUGCUCACCGCGCCUGUGACUCGAUGUCUCGAACACAGUGAAGAGGAUGCCACCUCCCGAGCACGAGGAGCCUGGGAAGAAGAAGAAGAAGAAAGCCAAGAAGACCCAUCUCGUGAAGCCUCACGGGGAAGAAUUCCACGUAAAGGGGGAGACGCCAGAGGGCUCCAAGUCCGAGAGGGAAGGGGGUGAGGAUGAAGCCAAAGUAAUAACUGGGGAGGAGAUGGACGAGGUGGAGCUCAGGGAUAAGAAAAGGAAGAGGAAACAUUCGCUUUCGGCCUCUGUGGAAAUAGGUAAAAGCAAGAAGAAGCAGAAGGUCGUCUUCGAUCUUCCUGGUCAAAAGCGUCCGACUCCCAGUGAAAGGGAUCCGUUGAGGAUUUUCUACGAGACGCUGUACAAGCAAGUGCCCGGUUGUGAACUCGCACAGAUAUGGAUGAUGGAGUCAGGUUUGCUUUCAAGAGAAGAGGCAAAACAAAUUUACGAGAAGCAGAAGAGCAAAGCAUUGACUUCUGCGGCAAUAGCCGACAUUGAUGUCGGAACCUCAGCGAAGAGGGAACAAGUUUCCGGGAAGAAGAAGAGAACAGAAACCAAAGUUAUGGUAAAGAAGUCCAGCAAGCAUAAAUGUGAAGAUUAGAACCUGUUAAUGGUGUUUUGAUGGUUGUGCAGCAGAGAGAGAGAGAGAGAGCCAUAGAGCAGUGUGAGGAUGGCCAAAUAUCGGUUACAAAGGAGCCUCGUAGGCCUAGUAGAAAGAUCAAUUUUGUUCAUUUACUGAAGUGGUUGGGUUAUUAGUGGCUUUCCUGAUCUGCAGUGUAAAUUAUUGGUUGAUAGGGAUAUUUCCAUUACUGGCUAUGCCAAUAGUAGUAGUCUGAGCAUCAGUUAAGUGCAGCCAAAAAUAUGUCUUAAUUAGAAU